AUGAAUACAUGGUUCAUCUUCACGUUUAUCGAACUUUCAAUAAAGGCACUAGUCACAAUUCAUGGUAUAGAAUUAAUACAUGAUACAGACAUAUUGCCAAAUGCACAGUAUUUUGAUUGUUUGGAUUAUACAAAUGAAUUUACGAAUACACGUGCCAUCAAAUAUUGCAUUCAACCGAAGAACAUCACUAAUUAUACAAAACAAAUAAAUGCAGAUGAUCAAAUACAAUGUGAAAAUGGUGGCGUUGCAUAUUCGUUUUCAUCACUUUUCAAAGAUCACAUCGAUCCAAGUACUGUACUUUCGACCUUUCAUUCCGGGAUUGAACAGGCAGAUCGAUAUGGAACCUAUUAUUUUCGUCGUAAAGAAAAUGAUUCAUCUGCUUUGAUCGGCGAUGAUGAUUAUGUAUGCAAUUGUUCUUCUUCGAAAGGUGUUUUUGGUCGUCAUUGUGAAUAUAAGCUUUAUGUCGGUCAUACACUUGCUGAAACAGCUCGUCUAAUCAAAACACAGAAUAACAGCCAUGCACUGGCCGGUCAACUUCAACGUCGACGGAUGUGCUAUACUUCCAUUGAUUGUGAAUAUGGACUUUUAUGUUUGGAUUGGAGAGAUAUUUGUGAUGGUGCGCAAAACUGUAUGAAUGGUGUAGACGAAGAAAAUUGUGGUAAGGUGGAAAUGAAUGAAUGUCUUGAGAAUGAAUUUCGGUGUCAAAAUGGUUUGUGCAUUCCUGAAGAGUAUUGGUUAGAUGGUGAAUUUGAUUGUCAAGACACAUCUGAUGAGCUUACUCGAUCCGAUUUUGAAGAGUCUUGUCCUCGAGAGAAAGGUAUGGAAUGCGAUGAACAUAUAUGUCAAGAAGCUACAUCAUUUUCUUGCGGAGAUGGCCAGUGCACCUUACCAUAUACUUUUACUAAAUCUUUAUCCAAUCUGAUAAACGGGGAUGAUCAAACAUUCAUCUGUAGUACAUUACGUGAUUUGGCAUUUUUUUGUGAAAUUCAUCAACCUAUGCGAUUAUGGACACUAAAAGACGGCUUUUGUGUAUGGUUUUCUGCUUCAUGGAGUAAUCAAGUCAGUGGUACUUUAGACAAUUUGUGUGAAUUUCUUCUAAAAUGUCGACUCUCACGCAGUCUGUCUACAAUUUGCCCAACGGAUGAUAUUAUAUCCUUAUUAUUAAAAGGCGAUUGUCGAUCAAAACUUGGUUUAAUCAAGUAUCCACCAGGACCACUGCUCGGUCCUCUGAUGAACACUUAUUACGACUCAGACUAUCAAUUAACACCUACUUUGCUACCUAACUAUGCUAUUACAAGAGGUCAAAUGCGAUGCGCUGGCUUUCAGUUAACUAUAACUGGGAAUGGUUUCUUGAUUCCCGAGCCUAAAAUUUUUCUCUUAUCUCUUAAUACAAAAGUUGAUCGACGUAUAUGUCGAUAUGCAGCAAGCCCUAAUUCAGAGUCAUCUUUUAUACGCAAUUAUUCAAUUCUCGCUCCUCAUUUUGAUACUGUAUGUUGGCACAAAUGGCUUCCAUACUUUAAUCUUUCCACUGUUGAAGAAGUGGUUGCUUCAUGUAGCGAAAUGUGUUUAUCACCGCAUCGCAUUCAUGAUGGUAUUGGCAACUGUAGGGAUGAUAAUUUUUUCGAUGAGACAACCAUAAUUUCACCUAUUCAACAUUAUAAUAAUCAUUGUCUAAAUUGCCUUACACACAAACAGGAAGCGAUUUGCUUGCCAGUAUUUUAUAUUGGCACAAAAUCGUCGAUUUGUGCAGAUGGUGAAGAUAUAUAUUUAGGUGAAACUAAUAUUGCUUUGCAAACUUUGAAAUGUAACAGUAAGGAUGCAACUGAAUGUCAUAUAAUUCGUAGUCACAUUAUUCAACCAUCUAUUAAUAAAAACAAUAUGACAAUUAUAACAUCAGUCUCCUCUUCUAAAGUACUUCCAUUUGCACAGUACUGUGAUACAUUCUCUGAUACUGCAAUAAGUAUUGAUGAGAACGUCGAACAUUGUUUAUAUAAAUGGAUAUGUGCCGAUAAUGAAUAUCGUUGUCUUACAGGACAAUGCAUCCCUUUUAUUUGGCUGUGCGAUGGUGAAUGGGAUUGUAGUGACGCAUCUGAUGAACAAGGAUUAUUGCUUCAAGUAGGUAAUUUUACUGACAAACAUAAUCAGCUAGUGUUAAAUUUCACCAAAAUAUGGACGAGUUGUUUCGAACGAUAUAAAGAGCAACCAUUUGCUAAUCUAUGUAAUAUUACAAUCGAAUAUCCUUGUCUUCUUGCAAAUGUUGAUAACCCACUUAAUUUCACACUAAAUCCACCAUGUAUAGGACUUGAAAGAAUUGGAGAUGGACGCAUAGAUUGUCUUGGCAAAAUUGACGAACGCAAUCUAUUCAAAUGUGAUUCAGAUGUUCUUGGUUGGGGAUAUGGUUGCACAGAUCCCAAAAAUGCGUGUAUACCCUCGGCUAUGCUUUGUUCUGUGUAUUUUAUCUGUUCAGAUUAUGAUAAACGUAUGGCGUGUUUUUAUAAGGAUGAGCUGAGUUGCAAUGGACUUAACGAUGCUAUGUGUCUAAAUGGCACUUGUCAACGUAAUGCGCGCUGUAAUAAACAAUGGGAUUGCUUGAAUGGUGAGGAUGAAUAUUGGUGUCAUUUUGGUGUUGAUUCAAUAACAAUGGCAGUGAAAACUUAUCGAAGCAAUCGUCGAAUAGAACUACAAUCAAAAGUGACAUUAAUUAGAUACACAAGUUCAUCUAUUACGAAUACUUAUAAACAACUGCCACAACAAUCAUCUAUUGAUAAUAUUCAACAGAUUUUUAUGAGACUUCAUUUUCAAAAGCAGAUGCAAACCAACGAUACUGACAUGACAGAUAAUAUGAUGAUAGAUGAAGCAUUGAAGUCAAUUCGUGAAAAUCCAGAGCUAAUGCUGUCAGUGGAGUUACCUUUCAUUUGUAAUCGUGGUAUUCCAAUCAAAGAUAAUCACGGACAAACACGAUGCCUUUGUUCGCCAAGUUAUUAUGGAGAUUAUUGUGAAUUUCAUGCUGAUCGUAUAUCUGUUGUCACACAUCUCAAUUUAACGACGUAUAACGGAAAUCAUACAACCGUCAAUACUGAAAAUUCCACAGGUUUAGUUUCUUGCACAUUUCGUUAUGCAGAACGUAUAGUUGAUCGACAUGAAUUCUAUGUUCAUUCAAUUGCCAAAACAACUAAACAAAAAUUCUAUUUUUCUUAUUCACGUACAGCAGAAUUUAAGGAGCAAAAGCGUUUACAACGUCAUGGUACACAACUAUAUAGUAUUCGAUUCGAAGCGUUUUAUCUUCAAUCAGUACACCAUCCCGUUCUAUUAGCAAUGUGGCAAUUUCGAAUAGACUUCGAUUUUUUACCAGCUUUUAGAUUUGCUAAAGUUCUUCAUUUCAAUAUGAAAAAUCAAAAUUAUUCUUGUGAUUUAAUUUGUGGUCCGCAUGGAAAAUGUAUUCGUCUAGAAAAUGAAAUAAAAAAUAUGAUUUGUACUUGUGAAAGUGGAUGGUAUGGAGAUCGGUGCGAACUAUAUGAUGAACAAUGUGAGAAUUUUUGCCAUCCUCAAGCACUCUGCCGACCUCAAGAACGUGGCUUUAUCAAUGGUGACCGACGACCAGCCUGUCUUUGUCCUCAUCGAUGGCUCGGUGCCACAUGUCAUUUAACUUAUCCUGAAUGCAAACAAUGUCAAAAUGGUGGUACAUGUUAUCUUACCUACGAUCGAUCUCAUACACAACCAUUCGAAUGUAUAUGUACCAAUGAUUUUUAUGGAGAAUAUUGUCAGUUUCCGAAGCGUGCUGUUCUUCUGCGAAUUGACAAGUCGUCAUCUUCUUCUUAUUCUAUAAAUAUUCUAGCAACUAGCAUACAAUACUAUGAUGUCACAAGUGAUCUAGCUGAUCUAUAUCUACGUAAACAACAGAUCUUCCCUGAUCAACCGUCUGAAACUCAGAUGGGUUAUGAGCAAGACAAUGCUCCCUCAGUUAUUCUUAUUAAAUCAUACAAUAAACAUUACCAACUACAAGGUCCACUAUUCCAUCUUGUUUACAGUCAGCACGAUGUAAAUGCGUCUAUUAAUAUGACCGUACAUCUAACAAACGAAAAUGAAUGUGUUCAUACUCAUACACUUUUCGAUCCUAAAAUUAUUCAAAAUACAGAUGCAAACAUAUUAGUUUUUAAAUAUCAUGAACCAUGCCAACGUCAUUCACAGAAUCGUUCAUCAAAAGUCUGCUUUCGAGAUGAAAAUUAUUUUUGUUUAUGUAACACAACGAUACACCACAGCCAAUGUCUUCGCUUUGACCCUUAUAGCGAUAAAUGUCAACAUUGUCUUUCAGGAGCUCCAUUUGCUAUUCAAGUUACUGCAAUUACAUUACUUAUUAUAUCGGCUGCUAAAAGUCGUGCUAGAACUGGAAAUAAUCAUGCAACUACUUUUACUCAAAUUUUAAGAAAACAAUUCAAAACGCAAAAAGAACUUUAUGUGACACCAACAAUUAUUAUUCUUGCAGCACUACCACAAAUCAUUAUUACAUCAAGUUUUGCUUGCACUGAACUUAGUAAUGCUUGGCAACGUUAUGCCUUACUCGUCUCAUAUCUUUUCUCAUUUACUCCACAAAUAUUUGGUUUUAUGAUCUAUGUAUUACCUUCGAGCUCAUAUAAAACAGAGUUUAUCAAUACCGAAAUUGGUCGAAAAUUAUUUCGUAUAAAGAUAAAUAAUCAAAAUAACAAUCGUACAAAUGUAUUAUUGGCUACAAAACAACAUAAGACUAGAUUAUGA